AACUGAAUUCUUUGGUACACAUUUUCUCACUAAGGGCUUCAGCACAGCUGGGAUGCAGUUGGGAUUCAGAGAGCUCGGCCCCUCUGGUCAUUUCUUUAGGUCCAUUCUGUUCUGAGCUGCUUAGCUGAAAGUGGAUGUGACAGAGGAGUGAAGCAGAGGCACUCUUUGACGAUGGGCCAGGGGAUGAGUCAGAUUGUGCCUGGACUUUACCUAGGAAGCUGCCUAGAUGCAAAGGACUGGGAGCAGCUCAAAAACAACAAAAUCAGCCAUAUCUUGUCACUUCACCAAACCGCUCAACCUGUGCUUCAGGACGUGAUAUACUUGUGCAUUCCAUUAAGAGAUAUGCCAAAUGAGAAUGUGAUGAAGCACUUUCAGGAAUGCAUCACUUUUAUUCACUACUGUUUGCUGAAUGGCGGGAGCUGCCUGGUACACUGCUUGCAAGGCAGCUCCCGCAGUGCCACGGUCAUCGCUAGCUAUCUGAUGGUGGUGCAUGGCGUGAAGUGGCAGGAGGCACUGUGUCACAUCAGCACCAUUCGAGCCAAUAUCAAGCCCAAUACUGGCUUUCUGAAGCAGCUGGAGAAUUUCGGGAAGGGUCCUGAAAAAGAGGUUUACCAGUUUCUUACGGAGAGGUAUGGCAACAGCCCUAGCAGUGAUGGUGACCUGGUGAAAAAGGCCAUGACUUGCUCUUGCAAAAAUCUCCAGUUAAGCAACACUGCCAGCCAUGGCCCAGGAGCAGGCCAUGCAGGAACUGUGGCCUACCAUGCCAAUGGAGGCCUGUGUUUUGUCAAAACUUACCAUUCAGGUUGUGGUACUGAAGGCUUCCCUGCUUCUUCUCGCCUUCGUAGUAGAUUUUUGUGUCUCCCUGCAGGAUGGACCCCAAAGUGUUUAAGAUAGAUCACUGUGUGGUGAUCUGCCAAUUAAGCACUGU